UCUCGGACUCGGCCUCGGAAAUUGCGGAGUUUAGCUAUGACAUUUAUCUCUCCGGAUUUUCAACUCAAGAAAAUCAUCGUCCGCGCAACAAUGAAACUACGACUACAACCGCUUUGGCGGUCGCCUUUUGGCACUCUCAGACCUCAUUUACAAAUACGCUCUGCCAGCCGUCUCCGCACUCGUCUCGACAUCCCCCCUCCAUUCCCCGUCACGAAAUCAUGCCCCGAACCUAGUUGCAAUUGCCCGCCCACGCCUGCGAUGCCAGAAGGGCUUCCGAUCGACCAUGAACAACCGCUAAACGGAACCAUGGCUGCGUAUGCACAGCAGUUGCUGAUCUGUACCGGACAGCGAGAUUGGACUAGUCGCAUUGAGGAUGACGGGAAGGAGAAGGGUUGGGGGGAUCUUGCGCGAGGAUUGAAGAAGCUACUUGGGCGUGGUGGUCCUUAUGCUGAUCCGUUUAAUAACAUCCUCGUUUCGAACUCUUCACUAUCCGCAUCUUCGUCCUUGUCAUCCGCUUCGGCCUUCCUCUUCCCCAGCUUUAAAUACUUUCCUUCGAUUCCUGUUGCCGACCAAGAUGCAACGGAUCCAAAUCUGUCAAGCUUUGUCCAAGCUUUCCUCCUUCCCGAAAAACUACACCCCAUGCAAGAAUCCUCCCUUCCCGAGCCCAAACGUGACCAACUAGUCCGCGUCCCAAGCCUAGCAUCGCAAUUCCCCGGCGCAAUCGACAUCCACCAAUCCCCCGUGAUCCUCAUCUGCGGUCACGGCGGCCGCGACAUGCGCUGCGGAGUCAUGGCACCGGUCCUUGAAAUCGAAUUCGACCGUGUUCUCUCUGCGCGUGGGUUCUCUACUUCUGUCAGUGAUAGCAAGACAAUCGACAGCCCGGAGCACGCGCAUAUUGGACUGAUCAGCCAUGUCGGGGGACACAAAUAUGCUGGAAACGUGAUUAUCUAUGUUCCACCGGGGAUGAGGAUGUGCGAUGGUGCUCCUAACCCGCUGGCCGGGAAGGGUAUCUGGUAUGGACGUGUUGAACCUAGGCAUGUAGAGGGGAUUGUGGAGGGGACUGUUUUUGGAGGAAAGGCGGUUAUGGACCAUUUUCGGGGUGGAAUUGGGCGAGAUGGGGAGAUUUUACGGUUAUAGAAGAGGACCUGUUUAUGGAGAACUACCAAUAACAUAGAAACUAGACACAAUUAUCCAGGAUAUAAUUGAUGUACAUGUAUUCAGAAACAAACCGGAUCUAUGAUGUAGACGCUAAUCCCAAUCGGG